AUGGAGGAAACUUCGGCGGAGAACCCCCCGGGGAUGGACCCGGGAGCUGCAAACAAACCCUCGCGAGGGAAGGCGUCGACGAGAACCCAGACGCCAAACCCGAAUGAGGGCCCGGCCUCGAAAAGACGUUGUGUCAGCACGGCUUGUAUCGCUUGUCGAAGGAGAAAGUCCAAAUGCGACGGCAACCUACCGAGCUGUGCGGCCUGUUCUUCCGUUUACCAUACGACGUGUGUCUACGACCCCAAUUCCGAUCACCGCCGGAAGGGCGUAUAUAAGAAGGACACCGACACGCUAAGAACCAAAAACACAACGCUUCUGACUCUGAUCCAGGCCUUGUUGAACUACGAAGAGGAGGAUGCCUUUGAGCUGGUACGACAGAUCCGCGCUUGCGACAACUUGGAGGACGUUGCCCAGUCGAUCAUAGGCGAGCAGAAAGAUUCAAUAGCGACCAAUGGGGAUACCGUGCUUGGCGGGGAUGAGGCCCCGUCACCGGCAGAUCAGUUUGAAUCCGAGCUGGCGGGCAAGAUGAGUGAAUUGAUGCUGGAUGGCUCUCGCAAGCUUAUCGGUGGCACAUCGAAUCUGAUCUUUUUACCGCCCGGCUCCGAGCUGUAUGAGUUUAACCCAUCGGUGGAUGACAAUGAGCUAAACCAGGCACAAGAUCGUUCUGUCACCAAGUGGACCAGAGUAACCAGCGACGAACAGCUGAUCAGCCACCUCCUGACCAUGUACUUUACAUGGCACUACCCCUUUUUCACCACGCUUUCCAAGGAUCUCUUCUAUCGGGAUUAUGUUCGCGGGGUUUCCAGCCAGUAUUGUUCGUCAUUGUUAGUCAAUGCGAUGCUGGCCCUAGGCUGUCAUUUUAGCACCUGGGAUGGGGUACGAGAAGAUCCCGAGAAUUCGGCGACGGCGGGAGACCAUUUCUUCAAGGAGGCUAAACGGCUGGUCCUGGAGAACGACGAACACGUCAACGCCAAACUCUGUACGGUCCAAGCGCUCGCCCUCAUGUCUGUCCGAGAGGCAGGGUGCGGGCGCGAAGGCAAGGGCUGGGUUUACAGUGGAAUGAGUUUUCGCAUGGCGUUGGACCUGGGCUUAAAUUUUGACUCGGCCACCUUUGGAGCACGCAACCUUGACGAAGAGGAACUCGAUGCGCGGCGAGUCACAUUCUGGGGCUGCUUCCUUAUUGACAAGUGCUGGUCCAAUUACCUUGGCCGCCAACCCCAGUUGCCGACAUCCAGUGUGAGCAUCCCAAAGAUGGAAAUUCUGCCCAACGAGGAAGCUGGACUCUGGUCUUCCUACACCGACACUGGAGCGAUUCGCGAAACUGCACAGCCAUCGCGAACGAGGACGGUGGCGUUGCAAAUUUCCAAACUUUGUGAAAUCAGUGGAAAUGUUCUUAUAUUCUUCUACGACCCCACGCCCAGGGAACGACCUCUUUCCAAACAGGCUGAAGUGAAAAAACUCUCCGAUAUUCAUACGAAGCUGGUAGCUUGGAAACGAGAAUUACCGACGGAGUUGGAGCCAAAGGAAGGGCAGCUUCCUCAAGCCCUUCUCAUGCACAUGUUUUACCAAUUACUUUUUAUACACCUAUAUCGACCCUUUCUCAAAUACACGAGAGCCAACUCCCCUCUUCCCGCCUAUGCUUCACCUCGUAAAUUAUGCACGCAGGCCGCCUCCGCUAUCUCCAAAUUGCUUCGAGUUUACAAACGCACCUAUGGCUUCAAACAUAUUUGCAACAUCGCGGUUUAUAUCGCACACACAGCUUGUACUAUUCACUUACUCAACAUGCCCGAGAAGAACGCUCAGAGAGAUUUUGUUCAUGGCCUCCGGCACCUGGAAGAGAUGGGGGAGAGCUGGCUUUGCGCCAGGCGCACACUGCGAAUUCUCGAAAUAUCUGCCAAUAAGUGGCAGGUAACACCCCCUAGCGAGGCUGCGGUCAUAUUCGAACAGACACAUGAAAAAUGGGGCUCUUGGGGGUCAUGGGAUCAGGCGUCGUCUCCGUCCAAUUCCGACAUACCCUCUCCUGUAGCUCCACCACCCACCUCCCACCCGUUAACGACACCUGAGGAGAGGCUUGCGGCUGUGAAUGAGCACGGCGGAUUUUCUGUUUCAGCUCCGCAAUCCUCGAUGGGAGGUGCAACCUCUCGAUACCCUGGAGGAGUAUCGAUGGCGGACACUGUUUCGGCUAUGCGCACUGCUCAUCGGGCCGCCAGCGCUCAGAUCGCUCGGACAGAUGUACCACUCCCAGAACCAACAUAUCUGAGACCAUUAACACAUACUUAUGGCCCGCUGCAGCCUGUCCCACUAUCCCAGCACAACGCUUGGUAUAGCUCGAAUGAAUCACACGUUGGCGCUAUGGGGUCUGGGCAGAGCAUCGCUCCCACCUCAGACUCAUCUCCUACUAGCUUUGAAACGCCGGAAAACCUAGUGGAAGAAAGUCAGGACUGGUGGUCACGCGAUCCCAGCGCUCUGCACCUGGCAAUGGGGAGCUGGAACCAGAGCUGGAAUCCUGGGUUCACCGGGCCGUCAUCAGAUCCGCGUUUUGAGAACUAUGUUCCUCACCCCAGACACCCGUCAGACCCUGGCAGUCAUACUCCUCGACCACCACAAGCACACCAAGCGCACCAAGCGCAACCAGGACAGCAAGCACAUCAAACACAAGCACAGCAAGCUCAAUCGGUACAACAAGCUCAGUCAGUGCAGCCUGUGCAGCCUGUACAACCAGUGCAACCGAUCAGUUACCCCAUCGGAAUGUCUCCUGGCAUGGUGCGACCCGACCAAGCUCCCGGGUACAGCCACAUAGGCUUUUCCAACAAUUUCCAAUAA